CGUUAAGAUUGAAAAUGUGAAAUCAUCAUUGCGUUGAUAAGGUUUGAUAACCGUCAGCGUUCACUCAUUGUCAAAGUUUAUAUAUAAUUUCUUAACAGUGUUAUCAGUUAUGGAAGCUAUAGUAUAUGCCUUUAUGCGUCACGUCCGUGUCCUUAAAUUUAACUCUGACGGUCUGUUUGAUUGGCAGCCAUUAGUGUUGCUUAUGAUCAAAGAAAGGUUUUGUUUGCUGUAAGGUGUGUGUUUGCGGUACAUAUUGCACUUAGUUUGUAAUGCUUUUUGGAGAAGUUACAAAGCCUGAAAUUAUUUUAGAGAAUAACUAUUUGCAUUGUCUGUUUACACUAUUCCCUAGCCCUUUGGCAUUGGUGUAUGGUUUCUGACCCCGUGAGUGAGGCCUAGGAGAAGACCCUUACAUUUCUUGCCCCAAAGUGAAACCCUUUCAUAGAUCUUUCAUCAAAAGAGUACCUCUUUGAUAUUCACUAAAUGUUAUUAAAAUCGUUAUUACCACUUCUAAUCAAUAGAAUUCCAAAUUUCAAAAUUUUUACUUUGCGCUUUGGCCGGACACUCUUAGGUAGUUAGUUCUCUUUAUAUAAAAAUAUAUUACUGAAUCUAGAACUGUUGUGCAAAAUGAUAAGUAAGUCCGUCAUUUUUUAUUCCGACGAAUGAUUGACGUACGCAACGUCGGUAAGUUAUUUCAUCUACUAUUUUUACGGUGUUCAAAUUUUUCGACGCAGCUCGCACUAGUUCACCGUUAGUUCUCGCCAUUACCGUAAACAAACAUCUAUGCAACAGUUUUGUGUUGUUUUCUACUACUUUGUAUUGUUACUGAGUUGUCGCCAGAAAAAAUAAUAACGGUAUGACUACAGACUGAAAUAAUAUGAAAUAAUAUAUGAAUGCGUGUCGCGGUAAAUAUUCAUUAGGCUGGGUAAUCUUUACUGAAUCAUGAGCCCUACAUCACCGCUAUUUUGAAUUUGUCGCGGUAAAUAUUCAUUAGGUUGGGUAAUCUUUACUGGAACAUGAGCCCUGUCACCGCCAUUUUGAAUGUGUCGUGAAUAAUCAUUUAGAUUGGGUCAUCUUUACUGAAACAUGACCCCUACUUCACCGCUAUUUUGAAUGUGUUGCGGGAAAUAUUCAUUAGGCUGGGUAAUCUUUACUGAAACAUGACCCCUACUUCACCGCAAUUUGAAUGUGUCGCGGGAAAUAUUCAUUAGGCUGGGUAAUCUUUACUGAAACAUGAGCCCUGUCACCGCCAUUUUGAAUGUGUCGCGAAUAAUCAUUUCAUUUAGACUGGGUAAUAAUUGUUUAAAUAAUUUUAGUUUGUUCGACUUCUAUUGCAUUACAUUAAUUAAAGAAACUAAAUGCUUUGCUUUUCACAUUAAAAGGCGGAAAAUGGAACAAACGUUACCCUUAGAAAGUGUACAAGCUUUCAUGUGACAAUCAUGUCAAUCAUUGGAACACCGUAUAUGGUGUACAUUCUGAGCUAUUUAAAUAAGCGGGAAUUUCAAAUGCUUCAGUAGUCUCUGGUGAAGCGAAGGAUGAGUUCCGAGAUAUACACGCUGUAGUACAAAGUCAUUCGGGUGUAGUGCAUGUGAUUUAAUACCACUACAGUAUUUUUGGUGAUCAUUGGGCGCUAACACAGGUCCUGGUUUCACCGCAAACUAACCUUAUGGUAAGUGCAAUUCUAAUAAAUAUAAAUGAUUUGUGUGAGGUUUUUUGGUUAACAAUUAGUUAUAUUUUAACUCAUAAUAAUUAAUCGAAAAAAAGACUGAAUUUACUGAUUAUAUUGCAGUCGUACUGUAUCAUGUAUCGAUCAUUCAAAACCGCGAAUCUAAGGUUAUCAAUGAUUAUAUGUCAGUUUUUGUUAGCUCACUUUUUUCUGUUUGAAAUGUUUGAUGUUUUAUUUGUCAGGUGUCUGUCCUCUAUCCUUUAUUGAUAUUACUGAAGAGCAUAGAAGAAUAAAAAACAAAUAAAUGUAAAAACAUGGAGGAAUCAGACUCGGAUCCGGAUCGAUCAGUGCUGAUAAACGAACCUUCCAGGUGGUGCGAGAAAAGUUCAUCAGAGGAUAAUUCAGAUGAACAAGCUGAAUUAGGAGAUGUGGAAGAUGCCCUACAGAGGUUCCGUUCAUUCAAGAAUGAACACAGUGCACUUGUUGCGAGAAAGAACCAUAAAUUUAACAAUGUCAAAGAGCAGAAACAACGACAUGUUCGCAAGAUUAGAGCGUUAGAAAACGCACAAAUAAAUAAGACCCUUUCCUUUAGCUGUUGCAAGGCUAACAAAUGCAUGAAAGCAUUUGAAACUGAGGAAAUAAAAAAGUGGAGGAAACCAUUCUGGGAAAAAUCCCAAGAUAAGCAAAGGCAGUACCUUUUAAAUGCUUUUGCGUUAAGCUUAUACUACAGUCGGGAAACACAUCAGAGGAGGUUCUCGUUCUCAGUAAAUGGGAAAGCAGUUUGCCAUAAUGCUUGGUACAAAAUACUGGGGAUUUCUCAUGGAUGGUUUUAUGGAUUGCUUAGGCAGUACGAGGAAGGAAGAGCAUCAGGGGAAAGCAAUCGCUGUGGAGUAACGUGGAUGACUUCCCGUAUGCGUAUAGCCAUAGUAUGGUUAAAGAGGCACGUGGAGAGUUCCGGUGACAGAAUGCCACACGAGGACAGGAUCUGUCUACCCUCUUGCCAAUCUAAAAAUGAGAUCUACAAGUUGUACCUGAGUGACUGUAAAAAUGGCAAAAUUGACUUUGUAUGUAAGGCGUCAUUUAAACAAAUGUGGAGGCAGCAUUUCUCAAAGGUUAUCAUCCCGAAGCAAAACAAAUUUACUAAAUGUGGUGUGUGUACACUGUUAAAACAUUCUCUAAGAAAUACACAAGACGUCAAGGAAAGAGAGAAGUUAUCAGAUAAAAGAAAAGUACACCUCGAACAGCAAUGUGCAGAAAGAAAUCACUAUUAUGCCAACCGACUAAAAGCAGAGUUAGAGCCUGAGAAAUAUCUUUCACUGAUAGUUGACGGUAUGGACCAGGCAAAGACAAAUCUUCCUCAUGUGACUACCAUAUCAAAAACAGAACAAUCCCACUACCUAAAAUCUCAUGUUACUGGUGCGAUUUCCCAUGGGCAUAGAAGAGUGUUCAGCUUCGUAGACCUCCUACAGUGGAAGCACGAUACUAAUCUUACCCUCAAUGUUCUACUUCAAAUAUUUUUGAGAAUCGCAAAGGAAAAGCGAUUACCCCCUUAUCUUUUGCUCCAGAUGGACAACUGCUAUAGGGAAUGUAAGAACAAAUAUGUAAUGGCAUUUGCUUCUUACCUUGUGGAGAUUGAACUAUUUAAAGAGGUAUACGUUUCAUAUCUAAUGGUCGGACACACCCAUGAGGAUGUCGAUCAGUUUUUUAGCAGAAUAUCCCUGAAGCUGAGAAGUAAUAACGUGUGGACACUACCUCAAUUGCACAACACUAUCCGAUCAUCAUACAAUCCUGUUCCAGAAAGUUGUGAUGUCAAAGUGAUGUUCGAUAUUUCUGGAUGGCUUAAAAAACACAUAGUCCGCCCCCUUAAAAACCACGUGUACCCUCAUGCCUUUAAGUAUUAUCUGGAUCAGAAAGAUGGGAAGGCCAAAAUGCUUUAUAAGAACUGGGCAGACGAUAACAUGUGGGAGAAUGCCGAUGAUCCCGACCAGAUUCUUGUGAGUAGCCCCACAGGAAUACCCGACCUUCUGAGACCAAGACUUGGUGGCUCAAAGCAGGAAGUGGACCUUGCAGAUCUUAAGUCAAAAGUUGAUUCAAGUUCUGCGAGAAUGUCUGACGCAGACCUUCAAUGGUGGGAAACAUUUCUUUCGGACGAGGGACAGGAAGCCGAGAAAUGGGAUGAAAUAACUGACGAAGAGAGAAAUGAAAUAGCUCUGAAUAACUGGCCACUGGAAAAAUUGGACAAGUUCAGCGAAAAGAAGAAAGAACAACCCAAAGAAAUGGAAAGGCAACAAGGGGAAUUGAAGAAACUGUUGGAGAAACAGUACAGGUUCCCAAGGAUAAUAGCAGGUAAAAAAAGAAAAACGACUAAUAAGCCAGAAGCUGGAUCAAGUACUAAGAAGAAAGUAAAAUCUAAGAAAAGGGGAAGACCGCCAAAACAGAAGAAGUAAUCAUCAAAUAGUGCGGUUUGCAUCAAGAAUUACGAAUUAAUUCGUAUUACUAGCCGAGUUAAAA